UGUGCAUUACAAAUAUUAUUAUUAUUCUUUUGCAUUGGGGCAAUACUAAUUCAUUGUGAUUUCAUUCUUUGAUUGCAUGCAUGCAUAGAAGGCUCCGUUCCAAAGGGGUUGUGGUUUGGCAUUUCUCCCCUUUCUUGUGUCUUUUCCCCCUUUCCUCCUCUCCAUUGCAAAAGGGAAGGAGCCCAGAGAGUCGUGUAUUUCUUUUAUAUGGAAGAAGAUUAUCAGGAGGACCUGUAUGGCAUUGAAGAUGAGUUCGAGGAGCAGUUCGCAGAUGAGCUGGAAGUUUUGGCUGAGCUGGAAGAGGAAACCCCUCAAGCUCCGUCUCAUAAAGUCUCCAAACUCCGGAGCCAAAAGCGGACCUUCGAGGAGGCUCUCUGUGCAGGGGAUUUGGAUAAGAAACCCACUGUUGUAGGUUGCCAUCUGGACAUCAAAAGGGAUGCUAAAGAUCCGGUCCUCCCAAAGGCCAAGGAAAACCCCCCAAAUCCAGAAUGCGUCCCGAUGCACGCAGAAGAUCCACCACCCGAAGAGUAUGAAGCCAACCAAACUCCCAAGCCAAAACGGCAGAGGCGCCUUGAGGCCAUAAAGAAGCUGGACUUUGGAACCGAUGACAGAACGGACGCUCAAGUUCCUUGCAAAGGGGACAUCUCUCCUCCUCUUUCGCCUCAUUCUGAAUCUCAAGACGCACGAACUCCAAGCUUCGUUUCCUCGAAUGUUUCAGGGCUGGACGGCAUGCGGCCCUUACAGGUGACACCCCCAAAUGGAAGGGACUUCAAGAGGGUGCUGCGGAGGCCACCCGUCCUGGAAGACUACGUCAACGUGACCUCGACCCACGGCACCCGAGUCUUCAUGGCGGUGAAAGAGGAUCCCACCGGGACGGAGAUUUCUGGCUCCAUUGCGCAGAAUGGAAGAAGGCCACUUCAUCUACUCGGAGUUCCUUUUUCCUAUUUAAAGGAACAAGUCGCAGAAGAGCGUCGGAAGCAGAUCCAUGCGUCUUCACAGCUGUUGACAGAGGUUCUGAACAGCUGUCUCAGCAAUGAGGAGGAGCCUGCGAUGGAGGCUGUGGCUGCAGAAGAGGAAGGGGACGAGGCCACUCCGCAUUCCCUUUGGGUUGAUCGGUUCAGUCCCAGACAUUAUGUGGAGCUGCUGAGCGAUGAUUUCACGAACCGCUGCCUGCUGAAGUGGCUGAAGCUGUGGGAUGGGGUGGUAUUUGGGAGAGAGCGGCCCCCCAAGAAAGCCCGAUCUGAAGCUCCCCCAGCAUCUCGUCCAACCAAAGAGCAGCCGGGCAAAUGGAAGUCCAAGGCCCAAGCCACCGAGGAGGCCCUGGAAGCCCAACUGGACCCCCAGAACCGCCCCAAGCACAAGGUUGCCCUCCUGUGCGGCCCCCCUGGUUUGGGGAAGACCACCUUGGCUCAUGUCAUUGCAAAACAUGCUGGGUACAACGUGGUGGAGAUGAAUGCCAGUGACGACCGCAGUCCAGAGGCUUUCAAAACGCGCAUUGAAGCUGCUACUCAAAUGAGGUCUGUCCUGGGAGCCAAUGAGAAACCCAACUGCUUGGUCAUCGAUGAAAUUGAUGGUGCUCCCACGGCCUCCAUCAAUGUGUUGUUGGGGAUUGUCAACCGGAAGGCGGUGGAGAAUGAAUCAGAAACCGGAUCUGGAAAGACGAAGCGGAGGAAGGAGGGCGGGCUCCUGUUGCGGCCCAUCAUCUGCAUUUGCAACGACCAAUACGUCCCUUCGCUGCGUCUUCUGCGGCAGCAAGCUUUCCUUCUCAACUUCCCCACGACAUCCCAGUCCCGGCUGGUCCAGAGGCUGCAGGAGGUCGCCACCCAUCAGGGCAUGAAAGCUGACCCUGGAGCUCUGGCGGUGCUGUGCGAGAAAACGGAGAAUGACAUCCGCUCAUGCAUUAACACCUUGCAGUUCCUCUACAGCCGAGGCAAGAAAGAACUGACCACCAGGACGGUGCAAACGGCCAAAGUAGGCUUGAAAGACCAGAACAAGGGGCUCUUUUCCGUCUGGCAGGAGAUUUUCCAGCUCCCGAAGAUGCACAGGCAAAGGAUAGGGAUGGGCCCUUCGAUUCCGUCCGGUGGAAAUGAGAAUCUCUUUGCAGCGAACGGGCGGACGUCGGCGAAUGCGGCUGCGCAACGGUUCGAGCACAUCCUGCAUCUCGGCACAUCCUCCGGGGAGCAUGAGAAGCUCAGCCAGGGUCUCUUUGAGAACUUCCUCCACAUGAAGGUGAAGGGCUCCUCCUUGGACUCGGCUUGCCUGGGCCUUGAUUGGAUGGGCUUCACUGACCUGGUCAACCAGGCAGCCAUGAAUGGACAGAGCUUCCAGCUGCUGCGCUUCCUGCCCUUCCUCCCAGUUGCCUUCCACUUCCUCUUUGCCGCCUCCAGCGCGCCCCACCUGACCUUCCCCAGCAGCCAGCAGGAGUGCUUGGUGAAGCGGAGCCAGAGGCAGAACCUGGUGGCCUCCAUGGCGUCUGGGAUGGGGCCGGGUUCUCGCAGCCGCUACGGGUUCCAGGCUCUUGUCCUCGAGGUUCUCGACUUCCUCUUGGAAAUCAUCUCUCCGAAGUUGAGGCCGGUGAACCCACAGCUAUUCAGCCAGAAGGAGAGGCAGCAGCUGGCAGAGUUGGUGGAUACCAUGUUGGCCUUCAACCUGACCUUCCUCCAAGAACGAAGACCUGACGGGUCCUACCUCUUUGCCCUCGAACCGAACAUGGAGGAAGUGUGCCGUUUCCCAGAUCUCCCAUCUCGGAAACCGCUCUCCUAUCAGACCAAGCAAUUGAUCGCAAGGGAAAUCGAAUUGGAGAAGAUGCGUCGGACGGAAGCCGUGCUCCAGGCCAGGAAUGCUGAUCUGGUCUCCAUGACAAGCUCAAGCCAAGAAAAGGAGGAGCAGAAAGGAAAACUGAAAUCUGGGAUCCGAAACCAUGAGCAACGCCUGGACCAGAUUGUGAAGAGAGCCACUUUCGAGGAAAAGCCGGAAACUGACUUCUUUGGCCGCAUCAUUGUCAAAAAGAAGGCGGCUCCUUCAACAGCUGACCAAAUACCCGAAAAGAACCCCAUAGAGAAGCGGAUCGGGAAAGCGGUGGGAAACAGCGACGUCUGGUUCCGGUUCAACGAAGGGGUUUCUAAUGCAGUUCGGAGAAACGUCUACAUUAAAGAUCUAUUCUGAGGGUGAAAUCUGGACCAUGAAAGAGAAUAUAUUUUGCAUUUUCUAUAUCAGGAUGUUUUGUAUGAAUUUCCAUUUCGUUGAGAAAUAAAUGACUUUGAGACGCA